CGCUGGGGGCCUCGUAAGCUCCCAAAGAGCAGACACCAAAAGGCCUGCCCCUCUUUCCGUAGCCAUUUGGGCUCAAGGUUGGGGCUCCCCAUUUUCGUCGCCGUCACCGCGAAGGCAUCAGGUUACCCCCAAGAUGACGCUGGUGAAGAGCGGACGUCUGAGGCUGAUGUGCCGCAAGACGGAGCUCUGCAGCUUCUUCCAGAAGGGCGCGUGCAAGCGCGGAUCGGCGUGCGACUUCGCCCACGAGGAGCACGACGUGCGGGAGAAGCCGGACCUCCAACGCACGAAGCCGUGCCCCACGGUGGCGGAGGGCCUGCGCUGCGAGGACCCGAGCUGCCCCUUUGCCCACUACGCCGGCGAGGUCCGCAAGUUCAAACCGUACCUGCCCGUUGUGGAUCGAGACGUCGCCGCGAAGACGAAGAAGAGGUCAGACCGAGCCUUCCGGGCGGGGCACUGCCGCAGCAGCUGCGGCGCGGCCGCCCCGCCCAGCGGCGGGCAGGCAACCUCCGACGCGAGCAGCGACUGCACGGUCGGCCUCCACAGUGACCUCGGCGCAGGCAAGGGCAGCCUCAAGCUGAGCCUCCACGGUAUCAGAGCAAACGCUGGCCGGAUCUCCGACGGCGGCCUCGACCGCCAGCUGCCCGUGUGCCCCGGGGGCGAGCGGCGCCCCGAGCAGCUCAUGUGCCACAAGAAGUACAAGACGCGCAUGUGCUCUUUCUACCUGCUGGGGACCUGCCGGAAGGACGACUGCACCUUCGCCCACGGCCACCACGAGCUGAACACCCCCGCCAGGAGCGAGGAGCACUCGCGCGCCGGCAGCAAGGCGAGCUCGCGCGCCUGCAGUGCGGAGGCGGCCGCGCCGCCGCAGUGCUGGCCGCCGGCGCCCACCGGCAGCACCUCCGAGGGCGCCUCGUCGGAGCGCGAGCCGGGCAGCCCGGGGCAGCAGCGGCCCUCCGAGGGCGACGCGUGGGUGCCGUGCGUGGCCGAGCUCGAGGCCGAGCAGGAGGGGGUGGAGUGCCAGCUGGUCGUGCAGAACACGUUUGUCACGCUCGUGGUGAGCAGCACUCCGAAGGAGCUCCGGCGCUCCUCGUCCGCGCCUCCCGGGAAGUGACGCGCCGGGGCGGCUGCCCCUAUAUGGCGGGCAGAUGUUGGCACCGCUGCCACAUUUUCCUGCUUGCAGAAGCUCGUCUUGCAUGCUCGCACACCGAUCUCUCAAUGAGGAGGAGGGCG